CAAUCUGCACCGGCACGGACAACACAGAAGCCAGAGAUUUAAGUGGUGUGACCCGUUCAUGCGUCGUCUCCAUUUUGACUGAAAAGCUGCAAAAAUGGUAGAUGCUUUCUGCGCGAAGUGGAAACUGGUGCACAGCGAGAAAUUUGAGGAUUACAUGAAGGCGCUCGGAGUGGAUGCUAUCACAAGAAAAGUGGGCAUUGCGACCAAACCCACAGUGGUGAUCAGCAAGGAUGGGGACAAAGUGGUGGUGGAGACUCUGAGCACCUUCCGCAACACCAAACUCAGUGCCAAACUGGGAGAGGAGUUUGAUGAAACGACGCCGGACGACCGAAAAGUCAAAUCCACCUUCACCGUGGAAAACGGCAAAUUUGUGCAAGUGCAAAAAUGGGACGGCAAAGAGACCACGUUUGUCCGAGAGAUCAAGGAUGGGAAGAUGGUGAUGACUUUGACGUUUGACGGCGUCGAGGCCGUGCGCACGUAUGAGAAAGCCUAAUUUUUACGACCGUUGGUUCGCAAGGAACGCUUUGCUGUUUUUAUGUGAUUGUUUGCACUUCCAAUCGUGUUUUAACCUGUUAGACGGCAGCGUGAAACAUUUGGAGUCAUUGGGGUUUUAAAAAUUGAAAGAAAAAUGUUGAAGAGCAUUUAACCUGCAAAUGUUUCAAUAAAGCAAAAUGUUGAUUGUUGAA